CUUCCUUCUUCUCGUCCAGCAUGGCCGCGCUCUAUGAGGGAUACACGUUGUGCAGACUUGCUGCAACUCAAAAUCAGUCAAAUUCAGGCAUUCUCGGGGUGGAAGCGGAGAGAGACAGCGACCAUGUGGUCGUCACCGACUCAACCAGAUCGGUCACGCUGUACAAGGUUUCGGACCAGAAGCUGCUGAGCAGCUGGACGGUGAAGCAAGGACAGACACUGACCUGUUCAGCGGUCUACAACCCGCUGACCAAGGAGUAUGUUGCGGUCUCGGAUAGCAAGGUGAUCAGAAUUUGGAAGCAAGAACACCUACUCUUGGAUCAGGCCUUCAAAGCAACCGUGUCAGCUGAUAUCUGGAGGGUCCACUGUGUGGCUGGAGCGGAGCCUGUGGUCUUGUUCAAAAGAGGAGCUGUGAGGCUCCUGGACUCUCUACUUUCUGCUCCGCAGCAGCCUAUAGAGGAAGUCCUGGCACAAGAAGAGGCCAUUAGGUGGAGCACCAACAUAGUGACAGAGUCACAUCAGGAUGUCAUUUUCACAACCGAACAGAAAGGAGAUCAUUUCCUGUACCUGCAGAGACUGAAUCCCAACACCCUACAGAGGUACCGGCUGGAGAGGGAGGAGCCGGGUCUUUCCCCGCUCAGCUUCUCGGCCUCCUACAGGGAUAAACACAUCCGCCUGCUUUAUCUCUACCCUAAUGGUCAUGUAUACCAGAGUGUAGUCUCUGAGCGGGGCCAGGUCACUGAUGAGGGGGCCCAGGCUUUUCAGCUGCCUCGCAGUCUGCUGCUGAGUCUUCCCGUCGGGGAGGGCCUCCUGGAGGCUGCAUCGGCUCAGGCCCUGGACGAAGCCCAUGUCGCUGUUGUGGGUGUUCCCCACCCCUCUGCCGGAUCCGGCAAAGACUUCCUCUGCAUCUGGAAUACCAAUUUCCAGACGCUUCAGGCAGGGAAAGAGAUGACUGGUAAAAUCUACGGACAGCUAUGGAGUUUUUGGAACAAGUUAUUUAUUUCACAUGGGAAAACCCUCUCCGUUAUUCCAUUCGAGUGCCCCAAAUCUUCCCUGGCCAGCGCGCUGGGAAAACUGAGGCAGGUCAAGACUGAAGAGUCCAAAGCUCCCAUUUCUGUGCCGUCUUGGAAUAACAUCCUGCAUGAAGAGAAAGCUCAUCCCUCGAGAACAGUGGAGAGCAGGAAGAUGAGAAACCGUAAGAGCCAAUCAGCACAUAGUUUAACACAUUCCCAAGUCCUGGAGCUCAUCAAGACGGCACCGGUAGAAGAGGUCCAGAGAGAGGUGGAUAUGCUGCUCUCAAGGACAGACAUCCAGGAUCUGCAGCCCUUGUUGGGGCAGCUCGCAUCAACCCUGGUGUCCCGGACCCUGCAGGAUCCAGUCUUCUAUACCCCCAGCAGCCUGGCUCAGCUAGUGCACACUCGGUGCCUCUGCCACAGUGUGUGUCCCGACCUUGUGCUCCUGGUACUGGAGAAGAAGGACUACUUCAUGUGUCAGCUCUGCCUGCAGUUCUUCCCUGACAUCCCUGAAGCCGUCACCUGUGCCUGCCUGAAGGCCUUCAUCAGCAUGUCAGACAUUGAUGCGGAGAAAGGGAUCCUGGAGCCCGACAGUGUCAACUUCAUGGAAACCCUGAUCGCUCGAGAGUGCAACCCGGACGGCUUGCUGAAUGGCUCCAGCCUCACCAAAGCACAACAGGACAAGGAGAUGACCUCACCGCUACCAGAACAGAUCUGUCCAGUCGGAUUGCACAAAGCUGUCCUACUGUAUCCUGCCAGUGCACGCUCUCUCUGACCCAAUAUUUGCACCAUGCAAUGCUGUCACAUUGUGUUAUUUAUCAUAGAU